ACACACAGGACCAAGCUCUCCAAUUUUCCCCACCCGAAACCCUCGCCGCCGCCGCCGCACCAUGCCGCCGCCGGUGCUGAUGGACGACCUCGUUGAGGAGGUUCUCCUCCGCCUUCCGCCCGACGAGCCCGCCUGCCUCGUGCGCGCCUCCGCCGUCUGCAAGCCAUGGCGCCGCAUCCUCGCCGGCCAGCGCUUUCGCCGCCGCUACCGGGAGUUCCAUCGGACACCUCCCGUCCUGGGACUCUUCGAAAGGAAUGGGCGUUUCGUCCCCACCUCCGACCUCUUCCCUGCCAAGCACGACCACUCCGACUGGUUUGUCACAGACUGCCGCCACGGCCGCGCCCUCGCCAUCAUCAUCAAAUCCCUCGCCGUCUUCGACCCUAUAACGGGCCAGCGGCGCCGCGUGCCCUGGCCCCGUCCCGUUGACCAGUUGACCCACUUCAGUGCGGCGGUGCUCUGUGCCGCACAAGGCUGCGACCACCGCAGUUGUCAAGGAGGGCAUUUCUUUGUGGCCUUUGUGACCACUAGGAAAGAAGUCUCAUUGGGCUGGCUGUACUCAUCGGAGACUCGCGUGUGGAGCAACCUCACCCCUGUUCAUCACCCCAACGUCAAGUCUACCUCUGCCAUUGCUGUGCAUAGCGUCCUUUUGGGCGAUGCAAUCUACUUCAAUGCGGAUAGCAUCAUCGAGUGCCAACUUGGUACACGCUGUUUGUCGAUGUUCGAGAAGCCAAUCGAUGACAGUGGGAGUCUCAUGAUGGCCGAAGACGGUAGGCUGGGAUUCGCUGCGGUGGUGGAAAAACAUAGGGUAAUCGAUCUUAAGCUGCUGCUCCCUGAAGGGGCCCUCUCGAUCCCAACAUUUCAAGAUGGGGUUAGCGGCAUCGCUGAGGGCACCCAAGUCAUUUUUGUGAGCACAUGUGUUGGUUCCUACAUGGUCGAUCUCAAGUCUCUACAAGUCAGGAUGGUGUCUCGUCCUUGCAAAAGAAUCUUUCCCUACAUGAGCUUCUACAUCCCAGCAAUGGAAGCAGCUUGUACGGGACAGGGGCAAUGAGCUGGUGUUUCAAGUGUUUAUCAAGCUCAUGGUACUGGACGAAGGGCUUUUGAAUCAAGGAGGAGGUGGUUGUAGUGAUGUUAGUUGUGGCACUAAGUGUGGCUCUGCAUCUGUGAGAUUACUUUUGGUGUUAGUAUUGGGUCAUGCAACUUCGGUUAUGAUGUUCUUGGUUGCUUCCCUGCUUGCAAUUUGUAAAGACCUUUUCAGUCAUUUUGUGAUCUUGUGAAAUAUGGUGAUAUCAGCACGAAGCAAAGAUGGUUUGCUAUG